GGAUCGUUGAGCACCCCUAACCCCCCCGCGCGUGCACGCAGGCUUUUAAGUGUGAUGUGUGUCCGGCGAGGAGGCGUCGGCGCCGUUUGACGUUCGAAGAAGCAAACAUCCGUACACUCAUUGCGACCAAUCCCCGGACGUUAGGUCGGAGGCAGCCGGGCUGAAAUGUGAACACAGGACCGCCGGUGGAGCGUCUCGGAUGGAUGAGACCACAGCGCCGCGUUGAUGCGGCAGCGACCCCGGAGCGCCUUGAAACACACCGCAGGAGACAGCUCGUUUGCUCGCUUGGAAUCGUGUGUUUUGUGAGGAGUAAGAAUGGCAGCCGUGGUCAACUACUCGCCCCCCUGGUGGGUCAACCUGCUUCACCGUUUGCCUCAUUUCAACCUGGAAUUCCAGAUGGUCAGCAGUGACUUCCGACCUCAAGACCCCGAAUAUCAGAAGUCGGUGCUGCUGCUCGGCGCCGUGGCCCUGCUGUGCUUGGGCCUGGAUCUCCUCUUCCUCCUUUUCUACUCCUUCUGGCUUUGCUGCCGCCGCCGCAAGAGUGACGAGUCCUCGCACUCCCACACGCACUCCCGGCAGCCCAGCGCCGACUGCUGCUGCACCGCCUGGUGCGUCAUCAUCGCCACCCUCGUGUGCAGUGCUGGCAUCGCUGUGGGGUUCUAUGGAAACGGGGAAUCGAGUGAUGGCGCCAGUCGCUUGGCCUACUCCCUACGCCAUGCCAACCGCACCGUGUCCGGGAUCGAGAAACUGGUGUCAGACAGCGCUCUGGCCCUCAACCAGACGGUGGAAGAGAACCUGGUCCAGUUGGAGACGGUCUACAAGGAGCAGACGGACUACGUGUCCAUCGUCCAGAAGCUGCAGGGACAGCUGGACGAGCUGGUGAGGCUGAUGGUGGAUGUUCCCUUCUGGUCCAACACUGAGGUUUCUCUGGAGGACAUGGCCCGUCAGACGGAAGCCUUUGACUUCUACAGGUGGUUGGGCUACCUCGGGCUGCUGCUCUUUGACGUCCUCAUUUGUCUCCUGGUGCUCUUUGGUCUCAUCCGAAACUCUCGGGGAACUCUGAUUGGAGUGUGUCUGCUGGGCGUUCUGACGCUUGUCAUCAGCUGGGGGUCUCUGGGCUUGGAACUGGCUGUCGCUGCGUCCACCAGUGACUUCUGCGAUUCGCCUGACACCUACAUCGUCCGGGCGACCCAGGAGAACGCCGUCAUCGAUCAAGACGUCCUGCAGUACUACCUGCGGUGCAGCCCGGGCCAAGUCAACCCCUUCCAGCAGAGGCUGUCGGGGAGCCACAAGGCGUUGGUGGAGAUGCAGGAUGACGUGGCCGAGCUCCUGCGAUCUGCCACGCGUGACUACGCCAACACCAAGGGGAGCCUGGAGCAGAUCCAGUUUGUUCUGAACUCCACCGAAGUGAGCCUCCACCAGCUGACGGCACUGGUGGACUGCCGCAGCCUGCACAUGGAUUACGUGCAGGCGUUGACGGGUCUGUGCUACGAUGGCGUGGAGGGCCUCAUCUACUUGGUGCUCUUCUCCUUCGUCACCGCCCUCAUGUUCUCCUCCAUUGUGUGCAGCGUGCCGCACACCUGGCCCGGCAAGAGGACGGAUGAGGAGGACGGAGAGGAUGAGUCGGGCACCUCGCGGGGCGGCGGCGUACACGAUAACCUGUACCGCGUUCACAUGCCCAGUCUCUACAGCUGUGGCUCCAGCUACGGUAGUGAAGCUAGCCUGCCCGCCACCGCCCACACCGUCAGCAACGCCCCCGUCACUGAAUACAUGAACCAGAAUGCAAACUUUCAGAACCCCCGCUGUGAGAACACCCCCUUGAUUGGCAGGGAGUCCCCUCCACCCUCUUACACCUCCAGUAUGAGAGCCAAGUACCUGGCCACCAACCGCCCGGACCAGAACCGCCGCUCCGUCCCCAACGACCAACUGGACCCAGCCAGCCGGCCGCACGCCACCACACGACCUCAAUCCUCGGUCCACUAGGGACCAGAACCGCCCCCCCCCCCCCCCCCCCCCCACUUCCGCCACCUCAAGAAGCGAGGAAGAAGCACACACACACACGUUUGUCCACUUGACUUAAAAGCGCCUUGGCUCCUCCCCCUUUCUGCUCAAUCCACUAGGGUCUGUACACUGCCCCCUAGUGGACACACACACAUAUGAUGUAGAAAAUGUAAAUAUCAAGCAGAGCAUCAUUUCAUGAGCCAUGCAUCAUUGGUGGUGACGUGCUGUGCCGUGCACUCCAUCUAGCGCAUCCACACACACACACACACACUGUAGAAAUAAUCAUCAUCCUCAGCUAGAAUGCCAGCCAUGCAACCACGCCGCACCAGGACUUUUACCAGGAAUUCUUGAAAAAAAAGGUGCCAAAAGAAAGAAAAAAAAAAGCUUACAAGGGUGCCUGAUUCUGUUCAUGGACAUAUGGGAGGACAGACGCUUACGUUGAGAUGGGACACAAAAGACGAGUAACAAUAACGUCAUAAUGAGGGACGAUAAGCUUGGGUGCUAACGUGAGGCCCACGUCUUUCCAUUUUCUCGUGGGACUGACUGGAUUUAAUGCAAGCGAUACUGUGACUAACUUUGACCAACUUGGCUCCCGACAUCCUCACAAGCACAAAAGUUUUUUUCACGACGCUGCCCCGCCGUCUCCCGCUAACGUACAGCCUGUAGAAACCAUGCUAGCCCGCUUGAGAAGCUAAUUUCUGUUUACAUACGUGCGCUAAAGGCGUCUUUAUGCAUCAAUGUGCUGUCAAAGCUUUCACGUCGUGACAAAACUAGACCCAUUCAAAAAGAAAUAAAGGCUGCGGUGUGCAUGCCAGGCCAGCAGGGGGCAAUGUUCCUCUGGUAAAAAAAAACACCCACCUGGAUAAAAGUGUUCUUUUUAAAGUAGCACAAAUGCUCGCCCCGCACUGUGUUUCACCGUUUUUAGAAUUUUUACGACAACUGGUGUUAAAAUUUCCUCUAAAUGCGCCAAAAGGGGAGCGGUUUUUUUUUUUUUUAUGUCAUAGCUGCCAGCGACUAAGAAGAAUUUAGCCGCCAUUUCCCGUAAUUAGCGCAACAUUCUCCUGCAGUUUCCUCAGAACGCCAGCAUUGUGUUUGUUUCUUGACUUGAAAACCCUGACUAGCCUUUGCGUCAUCGUCGUUGGCAGCUACGAUGUUUUACGCUAACAAUGCUACAAUACGAGCCAAGUUCCAAGUGACAAAUGUGCUUCGGAAAUUUUGCAGUCGUGUAAAUAAAAACCAGCGUUUUUAUUAGUUUGGAUUUGUUUUAGUUAAAGCUAAUUAGCUUUUUUUUGUGUGGUGCAACAUUUUCGAUAACCCCACGGCCACUUCUCGUAUUAGCGAGACAAUCUUGUGUCAUGACUUUGGAACAUUUUUAACGCUAACAAUGCGAUUAACUCAGUUCUUGCACUUUGGAUGCUAACAUUUAACGUCUUAAAGGCGUCCCAAUGAAAGGCCUUUCAUAAUCUUUUUUAAAAUCGCCCUUUCCACCCUCAUAUUCAUAUCACCGACAUCUUUUUUAAAAUAACAACAAUAAAGAUAGCUUCCCUGUCUUGUAACAAUGGACGUUAAAAGAUAAAAAUAGAUGUUUUUGUAGGAGAACAAUGUUCUUUUUUCCUCUGUAAUUAAGAUCAGUGGUGAGUGUUUUUCAUUUUUUUGAAUCAUCAUAAAAUGAUUCCAGUGACACACUCAUGUCUUUCAAGUCCUGCCGUGUGUGUGUGUGUGUGUGUGUGUGUGUGAGAGAGAGAGAGACUGCCGGGACUUGAAAUACACACGUGUCCAAAUGUUAGCAGUGUUUUUCUAUGGCUGUUUUUAUUUUAUGGUUGAAGUAAAACAACUACUAUUAUUAAUAAUAAUGCUGUAAAUGUCUAAAGUGUGUCAUGAUAUCAUUCAAGAUGGAAUCAUUGUUUAAAAAAAUGGAAUUAAAGCAACUUUAACAUCAAACUAAUCGAUGUGUGAAUUUUAGCA